UGAAAAGACAGAAAGGUGUGAUUGUAUAAAAAUAUAAGAUUUUUUAAUAGAUCACACAUUUAUUUGGAGAUACUUAACGUUUAAUUAGAUCUAGAUACAAUCUAUCGAGAUCUAGAAUGAGUUGAAAAUAUUUUUGACUGGUUAAAACAAAAAUAAUUUCUAUAAAUCAUGUCACUGUAUGAUGAUCUGGAUAUCAAAGAGGAUGCUGGGAGUGGUAAAAUUACCAAAUCCUCUGUAGUUUCUGGUUGGUCACCAGGCUACAAAUUGUUGCAAUCAACCCUGCAAGCUAAAAAGGCAACAACUUUACAACCAAAGAGAAACAGAACAAGCCACCUGGCACCUGUAGUUGAUCUCAAGAAACAUGUUGACCCUGAUAGCCCAAUGCAAUUCAAUAUGCAAACAGGAAAGCUUGAGAGAGUUAACCCACCACCUAUUCAGCCACAAGCUUCCAUUGCUGUUGCACCUAUUACCCCUUCCUCAACUUCCCCAUUCAUACAAAUGGAACCAACACCUUCUAUAACUGGUGUUGCUGAUGAAUAUGACCCAUUCCGACCUAAUGAAUAUGAUGAGGUUGUUAAAAGGAUGAAAGAAGACAAAGAAAAAGAAAGGGAGAAAGACAGAAGAAGAGAAGAUAGGAGAGAUAGGCAAGAGCGAGAGAGAGACAGACGAGAAGAAAGAGAGAGGGAAAGAGAAAGACGAAGGCAAGAGCGACGCAUGGAAGAAGAGGAGGAAACAGAGUUUGAGAAGAUGAGAAAAAGAAGAGCUGCUGAAGAUGAGGAAGAGGAGAUUGAUCGUUCCAAACGAGCUGGAGCUGCCAUAGCGCCACCAACCGCAUUGUUGGAGGAGCCACCUGUUAAUCCUGAUUUGAUUGAACGUCCAAAAUCACCAAACAUGGGCAUGGCCAUGAUGGGAUCUGUAGCCUCAAAAAUUAUGGCAAAGUAUGGUUACAAAGAAGGGCAAGGUCUGGGUAAAUCAGAACAAGGAAUGAGUACAGCUUUAUAUGUAGAAAAGACAAGUAAAAGAGGUGGAAAAAUUAUUCAUGAGAAAGAUAUCCCUAAAGAGCCCCCACCUUCAAAUACAAACUUGAUGAAGAAUCCCUCAAAGGUCAUUUUACUUCAGAACAUGGUUGGGCCUGGUGAAGUAGAUGAAGAACUGGAGCCUGAAACAGCUGAAGAAUGUACUAAAUACGGAAAAGUCAAUAAAUGUGUAAUAUUUGAGAUCCCUGAAAAUCCUGAAGAAGAGAGUGUAAGAAUAUUUGUGGAGUUUGAAAGAAUGGAGUCUGCAAUUAAAGCUUUAGUGGACUUGAAUGGCAGGUUCUUUGGUGGACGUGUGGUUAAAGCAUGUUUUUAUAAUUUGGACAAGUUUCGAAGAAUGGAUUAUAAUGGACCAGUUGACUAAAAUAGUCACUUCAUUAAUCAAACAUUU